AUGAAGAUUAACGGAAAAUCCACCGGGUGGUUGCUUGAUUGGGAAAGGGCCUUGGCGUUUUCCAACAAUGGAAAUAAGUGGAUGAAUAUGAUUCAGAGGGGCGCCGGUAUUUAG